AUGGACCCAACAGGAAGUGAAUUAGGUCAAGAUUCUUCUGAUGACCAUAGCAACAGAGGUAGGAAUGGAAGUAAUGGUAACCAUAGAGAUACAAGAGUGGAUAACCAUAGCAAUGGACGUUUGAGUGGAAGUGACAGUAACUAUAGAGAUUCACGACUGGAUAACCAUAGCAACAGGGAACUGCAAGAAAGUAAAGUUAAUGACGAAAAAGAGAAUAGGUCGAGAGAGGUUCAUCAGCCACAAAAAGAUGCCGAAAAGACUGAAAUAUGUGCCAUUUGUAUGGAUGACAUCACUGAUCUAAAGAAACUGGAUAAAUGUGGGCAUGUUUUCUGUCGAAAAUGCAUUGACAAAUCUUUUAAGCUGCACAAACCAGUUUGUCCGUCCUGUGGUACUGUUUAUGGAGUAACCAUUGGUAACAUGCCUGCUGGAACAAUGAAUGUUCAUAAAUCAUCAUUGAAUAUAGAAGGAUAUAAAAGAUUUGGUUCUUAUUGUAUAAAUUAUGAUUUUAAUUCCGGUAUACAAGGGUCUAAGCAUCCCAACGCUGGUGUAAGGUUCAAAGGAACAUCUCGUGUUGCUUAUUUACCAGCCAAUCCUGAAGGUAUCGAAGUCUGCAAGAUGUUGAAAGUGGCCUUCAGACGACGUUUGACUUUUACCAUAGGUCGGUCUACAACUACUGGUCAAGAAAAUGUAGUCACUUGGAAUGAUAUUCAUCAUAAAACAUCUAUGAAUGGAGGUCCUACUAAUUUUGGAUAUCCAGAUGCCACGUAUCUAUCGAGAAUCAAAGAAGAGCUGGCAAGUAAAGGAGUGACGCUUGCUGAUAUUGAUGGUGUUAAAGAUGGAGAUGAGAGUAUAACUGUAAAAUAA